UAAGGAGGAGAGGCGCGAAGGGCCAUCUGAAAAGGAAUACUCUGUUUUCCUGCAGGUAGUCCAGAGGCGCAGUGACGCGUCAAUUGGUGUUGUUACAGAUACGCAUGAAACGUAACAGCAGCGCAGCGACCGACAGGUGUGGCCGACGACAGCGCCCGUCUCCCCGUGUACUCGAGAGCACUCGACGCCUGUAACGGUUACGAGGGAACCGAACGUGCGCUCGAGAUGAGAAUAAUUAACAACGAACGACCGCUUCCGUUCGGGGUGCUGGUCGUGGUGUUUCUGGCUAGCCUGACAACAGUCGCAUCUGCAGAAGAAAUUUCCGAUCCGGAUAUAUGUGCGUCUGCUGGGCUGCUGUGCGGAACUGUGCCCUGCGUUCCUCUCAACGGCAGCCAAUAUUUCACAUGUUUGUGCGAAAAUGAACGGUACUUCAACGCGACAGCACAGCGAUGCUACCAUCUCGAUUCUUGUUCAGAAAUACUGUGCCAUCCUGGAAAGUGCUUCGACAACAAUGGAAGCGACACAGCCUCAUGCGACUGUUCUGGAAUACAUGGAAUGACCAAGGAAUGCGAAGUUGAUCAAGCAUUCAGAGAUGAGUGCGUCAAGAGCGGUGGUAAACAGAACUUUGACGAGAAUGGUUUCCCACACUGUGUUUGCCCGCGCGGCACUCAAUUUGAGAACGACCGUUGUGUAUCUAUCGCUUGCUUACUUCCGGACUUUACGUGCGAAGACAUCUGCAAUGACCCCAAACUCAGAGAAGAUAAGCGCUGUUGCCAAAACUGGGAAGUCGGAUCGUGUGAUGGGCAUUAUGAAGAAAGUUUCUGUCUACCCGGUACUACCGGAAAUGGAAGCAUCUGUACGAAUGUAUGUGCUGAGGACUUGCUUGGAUCUGUCUGUGAACACGGUUGUACAUACGAGAACUCAUCAGCUCCUUACUAUAAGUGCAACUGCGGGGAUGACGAAGAGCUGAGCGCCGAUGGACGGACGUGCCAAGCUAGAGUUGAAUGUAAUGAAGAGGAAGAAUUCAGCUGCGAAGAGAAUGGCCAAGAAUGCGUCUACAAAGAUGGUCAAGCCUCCUGCCAAUGCCCUGCGGGCUCUGCGUUGAUUGGUGACGUCUGUUCGGAGGAGUGCUCGUUCAAAUGUCAGCCCCUAUUAAGCAAGUGCGUAAUUGAUGCCAACAUAGAAACAUGCGUCUGCGAGUAUCCGCUGAAGUGGGACUCCGCCCUUCGACAGUGUAUUUUAGAUAAACAAUUUGCUUACAUUACGACCUUCAAGCAAGACCAAAUAGUCCUUACGGCCAAUACGACGGACAGGUGCACUAAUACUGAGAAGCUGAUCCAAAGUGCCAUGAAAAACGUAUAUGGUAAGAGCCUAAUGGCUACGAGACUUCUCAAGUGCGGCGAAGAGCACAAAGUGGAAUUGUCAUUUUCUGAAGAGCCCGCGCCAGCACUACUGAACAGGAUACACUUGUGUGAGAACGAGGAUACAAGAAGCAGUUGCUUUUUUGCACCGGCUUUGUACAUCGUAAACGGCUCCGCUUCAGGCCCACGGGCAGUGGACUUGUGCGAGGCCUACUUGAACAACACUGACGCUGUCACCAGUGGCAGCCACGAGUGCGUCAGUGAAGGAGCCGGAAGGUACGUGCUUCGAUGUGCGCUCAGAAGUGCGGGCGCAGACGUUGUCCAGCAGGGUUUUCUGAAAGUUCAACAGUGCCAUGAAGGCUGCCGUCCAAAUCCAUGCCCUCAAGACUGUAUAUGCGAACCAGACGCAGUAACGUCAUAUAAAUGCAACUGCAGGGAAAACACCACAGCAAAGACUCCACAGCCGCCACACCAUCAAAAAGCGCCAUUUCCAACCUCGCCGACGGCAUCGCGAGAAUCAACCAGUCGUGUCUGGGCGACCGUGGCUAUUGUCAUCGGUAUCUUGAUACCUGCUGUUAUCGUCAUCAUUCUGCUAAUGAAGAGGAAGACAACGUACAUAGUUACACCUUUGAAAAAAGCGAGCAGCAAGGAUUUUCAACCGCUCCCUACAGAAGAGUGCUGAGUUCAAGCAGUGAAGCGAUACUGAAGCAACACCGUGCUGUUCACCCCGGCUGUUCAAGCGCGGCACAAUAGAGGCAACGCCAGAGAUUCACGUGCUCACUGAAUAAGCGAUAUGCUAAAACAAGCAUCGCAACCGUG